AUGAAGAAAAAGCUGAAAAGUAGCGGUGAUGAGCAUGCACCCGCGCUAGAGUCCGAGGGAGGAAUUCAGGAAGCUUGGGGGAGAUACCAAAUAGUGCUCGACAAGUACCGAAGAUGCCAACUUUUACCGAACAUGGUCAGUCCCUACCUGACCAACGACAAGCCACCGAAGGACGUUCAGCAGCACUUGGGUCAGUUUGCCCACACUUCACGCACCCACCAUGACCACAUAGGAGUGUUACAAUAA